CACGGAGAAACCAAUGGUCAAGAAGGUGGCAGCAGAACUCGCAAAGCUAAACCAAACAAAGAAAAUAGUUGUGGUGGGUCACAACCCGUAAACAAACCCUUCCUUUCUGUGCCACUCAGAAAGUGAUUCAUCCGCAAACCCACAAUGGAACAUUGCACCAUUACUUUUCUUUAUCUUCCCCACGUCUUCUGAUCCAUUAAUUGAUAGACUGGAAGAAAGAAGACCACAGAAAAAGGAGCCGAGUAGAAGAAGACGAAGAGAAUAUCGGUGACUGCAGAUGGGGAGGGGAAAGAUUGAGAUCAAGAGGAUCGAGAACUCUAGCAACAGGCAAGUGACCUACUCAAAGAGGAAGAAUGGAAUCCUAAAGAAGGCAAAUGAAAUUACUGUUCUAUGUGAUGCCCAAGUGUCCCUUGUCAUCUUUUCUUCAUCUGGGAAGAUGCAUAACUACAUCAGCCCUUCUACCACGUUGAUUGACGUCCUGGACAGGUAUCAGCGAACGUCUGGGAAGACGCUCUGGGACGCCAAGCAUGAGAACCUCAGCCAUGAAAUUGACAGAAUCAAGAAAGAGAAUGACAGCAUGCAAAUUGAGCUCAGGCACAUGAAGGGGGAGGAUAUCACGUCGCUGAAUUACAAGGAGCUGAUGGCAUUGGAGGAUUCUCUUGAAAGCGGUCUCAAAGGAGUCCGCGAGAAACAGAUGGAAGUGCACAGGAGGUUCAGGAGAAAUGGCAAGAUCUUGGAGGAGGAAAAUAGGGAACUCAAUUUCCUGCUGCAACAGCAUUUGGCAGUGGAAGGUGUGAGAGACAUGGACGAUGGGUUCGAUCAGAGUAUUAGGGAUUUCAAUUGCCAGAUGCCAUUUGCCUUUCGCGUGCAGCCCCUUCAGCCAAACCUUCAGGAGAGGAUGUAGAACAUAUAUGUGUAAUUGCUAUGCCAAGCACCUACUUGGCUCUGAUCUCUUCCUAAGUAUAACUAGAUUAAUUAAGAACUUCUUGGCUAGUGUGAGCUACACUUAAUUAAUUGGAGCACAGCGUGGGCUCGUCAGUUUCUAACUUAAAUCAAUUCAUUAAUAUAUUUCGGUGGUAAACUCGUUUGAACUUGGCUUAUUAAACUCAUCAUCAGUGUAUUUUGGUGUGUAAUAUUAAAUAUUUCCAGCUUUUCCUUAUC